UCUGUCCGAACCCGAAGAAGCUCAUCUCGCCUGGAUUGACACAGCUUGGGAAUUAGACUUCACUGAGACGGAGCCUUUGGAUUCUAGAACAGAGGGCUUGAUAACGGAGGAUGGUUUGGAUGCCUUCUCUCAACUCUACAAGGCUCUCUACCCUUUCGCUGCAGAUGACCAUGAGGCCACCGAGAGCAUCUGGCCUCUUUUUGCAGACAACAAUAUCUCCCACAGUGCCAUUGUGGCCGUAUUGUAUCACUUUGUCCAAGAGGCCCAGAGUAAGAAGGCCAGUGUUCAUCAGCGGUUGUAUGCUCUUCAUGCUGCUGGGUUGUACUUCUUACUGGUUGAAAUCCCAGGUAGCAUAGCCAAUCGGGUGUUCCAUCCAGUGAUGUUCGAAAAAUGUCUUCAGACCUUGUCUAAGUGCUGGCCCCAGGAGUCGAACCUGCCUAAAAAGAGGAAGAAAGACAACAGUACAAACUCUAAGGGUGACAGAAAGCGAGGAAGGGGGGCGAGAAAGGAAAACACACUGAUGGAUGAGAACUUUGAAGAGGAGGAAGACCAGGAAGAAGAGAUUUACUUCUCUGCCCAGGAGCUGCUUCAGAUUCGGAAUGCCCUCUUCCUCCUCCUGAAAAACCUCCUGCGGUUGCUUUCCAAGUUCUCCCUGAAGGAUAGGCCCCAGUGCAUGCAGACUUGCAUUCAGAUCUUCGUUAAUCUGACAGGGUUUGAGCCCUGCCUACGCGAGUUUGAGCCUUCAGAGCGGAUGACGAUCGACAAAGCCAAGUAUGUCCCUGAACUUGCCUACUUUGGUUUACGACUGCUGUGUUCCCCACUUCACAGCCUAGAAGAUCAGGUUCUGCGCCGAGUGCUCCAUCGAUUUCUCAACAUCAUCCUCAUGUUGGGAAGGAGAGAAGGAUCCAGCGCUGCGUCAGCUACUAUUCCAUCUCAGGUCAUUGGUGCCAGGGACCAGGCCAUCAAAUUCAUCAGCUCUCUCGCAGAAGAACUCAAAGCAGCCGUCUUCCCUGUGUUGCGGAUCUUAUUACAGCAUAUGUGUGUCAAGGUGCCUGAUAAGUCGGAAUAUCGAACGUACGCAGCGCUGGCUUUGGCACAGCUGCUCUACAAGUUCCCGUGUGCGGAACACGCCGACUUCAUGGCGUGGCUGUAUCGCUACUCACGCAAUGACAAGAUCUCUUACCGGGUGUUUGCCCUUGAUGCCGCCGUGGCCCUGCUGGACCUUCCCGAGCGGGAUCAGGACAUGGGUGCCUUGUCUGAGGAGCAGCAGACGUUCCUGAAACACAAGUUCCUGGUGCAGGUCAUGGUAUUCGGCCGGUGCUCAGACAAAUCGCCGACGGUCCGCAGCAAGGCGCUUUCGAGCUUUGCUCACUGCCUGGAAACCAAAGCCGCAUCGAGCGCAGAGACCAUCCAGGAGCUGCUGCAAGGCGUCGCUGUUUCUACAGUAUCUGACUCAGACACACCAGCUCAGACGUUCUUCACUGAUACCGAGGGUCUCUCUCGUCGGAAGACUUUCCCAACAUUCAAAACCAUCGAAGUAACAGACAAACGAGACAUCACUCAAUUUGAUGGAAAGGAGAUCAUGACCAUGUUGAGGCUGAGAGCUGGAGACGAGAAGACAAACGUUAGGAAAUCGGCUCUUCAGGUAUUGAUGAGCAUCUUGAAGCAUCAUGUGAUUCCGUGCACCCCGGAAGACUUGGCCACGCUUCAGGAUCGCUGUCGGGAUCCUGCCGUCUCUGUGAGGAAGCAAGCCCUGCAGUCCAUUACGGAUCUCUUACUGUCUCAGCCAUACAACGUCCUAAUCCAGAAGGCCUGGCUGACGGGCGUCAUCCCUGUUGUCAUGGACUGCGAGAACUCAGUGCAGGAGAAAGCCUUGGACUGCCUUGACCACCUCUUGCUGCAGCCUGUGAAGCACUGUAACAAAUUCAGCCCUCGGGACGAAAGCCAAGCACUGGCCUGGGACCUUCUCACGUUGCUCACAAAGGAGUGUCAAGAGCUAAGCCGGUACUUGAACAAAGCUUUCCACGUCUUGUCCAAGAAGGGCAGAUUCUCCUCUUCGUUUGUUAAUAACGUCGUCUCCCACACGGAAACGGAGCGGGCUGGGCCCGCUUGGAUGCUGCUGGCAAAGGUGUCCGGCUCAUCGCCCAAGCUGGACUACUCGAAAAUAAUUGAAGCCUGGGACAGUAUUGGCAGGCAGCACGAAGCCAGCUUGGAGACCACGGUGCACGUCCUGUGUGUGAUCGGGAGCAUUGCAAAGCACCUGCCUAGCAGCAUCCAAAACAGGUUAAAAGGUGAUAUCAAGUCUUGGCUGCAGGACUUCCAGUGUCCUCUGGAGGCCAUCAGCCCAGCUGUCGAGACUUUACAGAAACUUUGCUUUGCCUCCACAGAUGACUCAAAGGAAACACUGGAGCUGCUGAACGAUGUAUUUGGAGAUAUUGUAUCUACAUGUGAGCUCUGCAUCUCAAACAUCAUCCUCCAAGAGCAUGGAACAGAGCAGCUUCAAGAGGAAAUCUUGGUGAGGCAUCUCUUCACCUUGGGUGAGUCUGCCCAGCUGUGCCCAGCCCGAGUGGAAAAACGUGUCUUCUUGUUGAUACAGUCCAUCCUGGCUAGUCCUGACAUCAUGAAGCAGAUGCCCAGCCCCCUGGAUAACGAAGACCUUCCUCCAUCUCAGCCACUGUCCCAGUUCAGAGGCUCCGUGAUGCCUUCUGUGGUCCGAGCACAUGCGUUCAUCACGCUCGGUAAGCUUUGCCUGCAGCACGAGGACCUGGCGAAGAAAUGCAUCCCUGCACUGGCUCGAGAACUAGAGGUGUCCAAAGACGUGGCCGUCCGCAACAAUGUCGUCAUCGUGAUGUGCGACCUUUGUAUCCGCUACACCACCAUGGCGGACAGGUACAUCCCGGAUGUCUCCAUGUGCUUGAAGGACCCGGAGCCUUUCAUCAGGAAGCAGUCGCUCAUUCUCCUUACCAACCUUUUGCAGGAAGAAUUUGUGAAAUGGAAAGGAUCCCUCUUCUUCAGAUUUGUCAGUGUUCUGGUGGACCCGAACGAGGACAUUGCCAGCUUGGCCAGAUUCUGCUUGGUGCAUCUCCUGCUCAAGAGGAACCCGGUGAUGUUCUCCCAGCACUUCAUCGAGUGCAUCUUCCACUUCAACAGCUACGAGCGGCAUGAGAAGUACAACAAGUUCUCCCAGAGUGAGCGAGAGAAGAAUCUCUUUUCCCUGAAGGGCAAAGCGCACAAAGAAAAACGGAUGCUGAUUUACAAGUACCUGCUGGAGCAUUUUACCGACGAGCAGAGAUUCAGCAUCACCUCGAAAAUCAGCCUGAACGUCCUGGCCUGCUUUGUGGACGGAGUCCUCCCUCUGGACCUGGAAGGCAGCGAGCUUCUCUCGGACACCUUUGAUAUCCUGAGCUGCAAGGAGAUCAAGCUGUCGGCUAUGAGAUCCAAGCCGGACGACGACAUCCAGCCCGAGGACGACGAGUUGGCCAUGGCCAAUGCUGUCAUGCAGGUGGCCCAGAAGAAACUCAUUUCGCAAGUUCAGAAGAAGAAUUUUGUCGAAAACAUCAUUCCAAUCAUCACUUCCCUGAAGACCUCGUUGGAGCAAAGCCGGCUUCCGGCGCUGAGGGACCUCAUGAACUAUCUCCGGGAGGUGAUGCAGGAUUACCGGAACGAGAUCAAGGAGUUCUUUGCUGUGGACAAGCAGCUGGCGGCCGAACUGGAGUACGACAUGAAGAAGUACGAAGAGCAACUGCAGCAGGAAUCUGCGCUUGGCCAGGAGCCGCCCGGAGAGACGGAAGCCCUUAACGCUGUGGUGGCAGUGCAGCAGUCUCCCACCUCGGAGAGAGCGGCAUUUUCUGGCGAUCAAAGUCAAAUGGAUUUUCCAGCUGCCAGAAGAGACUCCUCGCGUUUGAGAUCUCCUCUUCCUUCAGCAGCUGCUGGGUUUGCUUCACUCAGGCCCGGCGUCUUGACACCUAGGCCCAGGAACGUGUCCCUGAGUACUUUUGCCAUCCUCAACUCUGCUAAAAAAGCCACGGAGGCCGCUACCAAGCAGCGCAGCAGGAGCGUGGGAGGGAGGCCUGCAUCUCCAGGGAGCAGGCAGAGCAGCAAAGCAUCCUUUGGCAGUCUAAACCAGCCACCUUCUGGAGCCACCAUUGCCCUGGACGGCCGAGCGAUCAGCACUCCCGAGAAGUCCAUUGACAAUGUGACCUUCGGUGCUGGAGUCAGCUGUAUCAGUCUGAUGCACACACCAGCGUCAGCUCAAGAAAAACAAGGAGCCGAGGGUCCACGGAGACAGAUUGUCUGCUUGGCGUCACCUGAUAAGCCAUCGUCGCAGCCUCAGAAGUGGAAAAUUAACUCCCCAGUGAGGGGAAACAGCCCACCAAAUACAGGCCUGAGACGGUCCAGUCGUAGAACUCCUUGGAAACCACGCCAAUGAUGGUUCAUGCCUACCGAAGCUACAUCUUGUACAGAAGCAUAAUCAUGUCAUUCUCCCCUAUCUCUGCAUUGUUGUUAUCUCUUCAGAGAUCACUGAAUAGGUCUGUGUAAAUACUUUUGUAUUCUUGGUACAUCAAGCUUUCGUUUUAAUUGAUCUACUGUAAAUAUCUAUUUUUCGCUAGUAGAGGUAACUCACUACUGCAUUGAUUGGCUUAAUGUCUACCCACGGCCUGCCCGUUUUACCUUACU